CUCAUAAGCACAGACAAGCCACCCAGAAUUAGCUGCAAGAACUCGUCAAAGAGCCACCAAUGCCCUCGGAGCUUCUCAAUGCACUCUUCAAGCGCCGUUCAGAUGUGGACUCUUCCGGGCAGGUCUGGGAGUCGAAGCCAGAGGAGUCGUCAGCAGAUGCUGGGGCGCUGCACUUGGCUGGCCUUACCUUCGACGGGCCAUCAGCGCAGGAGUGGCUGAAGCAGUUGGAGCCUUCGCCGGAAGAAGACCUGCUGGCAGAGGCCAUCAACGAGGGACUGGCUGAGCGAGAAAAGACCGCCCCGUCUCACGUUCCGCUUGCCGUGAAGCCAGAGGAGGCCCGCCGUCUGAAAAAGCUGGCUGCAGAGUUGGGCUCGUUGCAAGAACUGUUUUCCAAGGAGCGUGAACGAUUGGGAGCAGAAAAAGAGGAGGUCCGGGCGAAGCAAGCCGAGAUUGCAAGACGGGAAGCUGAAUUACAGGCACAGCAAGAGGAGCACAAGAGGCGGGAGGACGCUAGAAAGAAUUAUCCUCAACCUGCAUGGCUCGACAAAGUUGAUGGCUGUAUAAACAUUGCUGUCGUGGGCAACUCUGGCGUUGGGAAAUCGCUGUUGAUCAACAGGCUGCGGAGAUUGCGAACACAAGCAGAAGGUUGGGCUCCGGUGGGAGUCAACGAGACCACCCGGGAGCCAACAAUGUACCCCUAUCCAAAUCAGCCGAGUGUGAGGCUUUGGGACUUACCAGGUGCUGGUACAGCUGCAGUGCCCGCAGAAAGCUAUCUGCAGGACAUGGGUCUUCGCUAUUUCGACAGUGUAGUGGUGGUCUCUGCGGGCCGCUUCACAGAAAUGGAGGUAGUUCUUCGUGCUGAGCUGGAGCGACACGCGGUGCCAUAUUACAUGGUGAGGACCAAGGUUGAUCAAGAUAUCGCAAACAACAAAGAGGACAACUUCACUGACAAGCAUGAUACCUUAAAGCAAAUCCGAGAUGACUUGGAGAAGACCCACAAGGUUGAGACGAGCAGUCUCUAUUUAGUAUCUUCUCGAGAUCCGGAUGACUAUGAUCUUCCCCGGUUGCUGGCAAAUCUAUUUCCUGGUUUGAAGCGUCAGAUGGAUCCAGAUGCCCCUGCCUUCUGCCCAGCUGGAACAGCAGCCUCCUCCCAGGCGACUUUUGCACCAUCAGCCUGGACUGAUGCCUGGGCUAUGCCGCCAGCACUUUCGCUGGUGUUGUCUGGACUUCAAGGAGGGUGGUGUGAUGCCUACGGAAGUACCUAUUUGGUGCAGAAUGAUUCCUGCCAUGUCACGCUGAGCACGCAACACUACACUGUAGUGCCGCUGACACAAGAGGGCAACGCUGUUUGGUGGCUACGGCGUUGGUAUGUCAAUGAAGAGGCUGUUGCGAGGGCCCGGCGAAGCAGGGAACUCCAAUGGAUCCCUCAUCAGGCACAAGAUCUGCCAUUAGUUUGGUGGUUUUGUCAUUGAGAUGGAGUGUGCAGCUUGCUCUGUCCGCUUCAGCAUUUCUUACUGCUCAUACAUCAUGCUGUGCCGUUCAA